UCAUACUCAAAGUCCAUACCUCCAAACUUCCGAGCGACGGCGCUCUGCAAACAGUACGGUAAUCACGUCCGGACGUGCCCAACUCCAACAAGCUCUGCAAAAAUGGGUCCUUUUCACCCCUUUGGCUUCAAUAUCAUCAAUCUCGACGAAGUCAAAACGAUCACCACCCAGAAGUUCACUGGUAUUGACGAAGAAGUGGUCUGCGUCAUCAACAACGAGACGCCCGUAAAGAUGGAAGGUUAUUGGUCAUUUGAGCAAAUGCAAGACUUCAUCGGGGUUCUCAACGCCCGUGCCGCCGAGAGGGAUGGUUCCCCAGCUGAACUGAAGACCAAGGUCGCCGACUUGGAGCGAAGGCUGAGCUGGCUGGAGGGGAAGAUGGGCUGUAUUUGGAAUAUGCCAGGCGCACCGGGGUACGAGGAAUCCCGAGCCAGCUUUUCGGCCUCGGUUGGAACGCAGAACGUACCAAUGCAGAACUGCGUUGAGCAAGCUAUCCCAGAAGACGACGAAAGCAACUUCUUUCAGCUGAAUGAUAAGCUCAGCAUCGAACUUCCCUCGUACCAAGACCAAACCGCCCUCCUUGAGGAUCUCAGCGAUGCCCUCAACGCGCGCCUGCUAGAGAAGGAAAGCAGCUCCAUCGAAAUGAUGAAACGUAAAAUCGCCGAGCUGGAGAAGAGGAUGGAAUGUCUUUGGUAUAUGCCUGGCGCACCCGGGUACGAGGAAGCCCGCGGAAGUUUUGCGACGGCCACUGUAAACCAGCAAGCAGAGGCGCAAGUGCACAUUGAGGAGGCCACCAACGGCACUAGGUCUCAACCGCCAAUCGCUGCGAGAACACUGAAUCAGACCUCGACUGCCGGAGGCCACGAAACUCCGGAUAUGAUGCGUUGA